AUUUAUCUAUUUUUUCAAAGAAACUGUUAAUAUUGUUGAACGAUAUUGAAGUGGUGUAGGAGUCUUAAAGCAGACUGGCGGAGUCAAGAGGCAAUUUCGUGAAGAAGGGGAAGACUGACUUGAUGGCUUCGUGGCAAGACUUUGGUUCCUUCAACUGUCCUACCCAACAACCAAAUAGUCACCACCUCUCUAACACUUCCUCUUCUUCUUUUCUGGAACUCUUCCCUUUCUUUCCUUCUUUCAAUUCUUCUUUAAAGCUCCCAUUUCACAUUUCCAGCUCCCAAAUUCCAUUACCCAUUUCCCAUUUCUGUUCAUUUCGAACCCGAGAUUUUGCCAAUGGAACAAGAUCACGCAUCGAGGAUCAAUCAGUUAUUCGGAGGCUCAUUUGCCAUGGAGCUAACGGGGAAGAUCAUGGUUGCGACCAUUUUAAUACUCUUUUUGGUCAUUGUCUUCGUUAUGAUUCUCCACCUUUACUCUCGAUGGCUCCUGUCCCGCAUUGACGAGUCGACACCGAAUUCCACUGGUAGUCAGCGGUCUGAUCAGGAAUCCGCUGUCGUGCCAUUGUGGAACGGGCUUGACGCUGUUGUUCUCCGGUCGCUUCCGGUGGUGGUGUUCUCGCCGGGGGAUUUCGAAGAGGGGAUGGAAUGUGCUGUGUGUUUGACGGAGUUGGGUGAGGGUGAGAAGGCUCGGUUGCUUCCGAGGUGCAACCAUGGCUUCCAUGUGGAUUGUAUUGACAUGUGGUUCAAAUCCAACUCUACUUGCCCUCUCUGCAGAAACCCAGUGGCACCCAAAUGCUCAUAUCCCACAGAACUGAACUCUGCAGAGGAUUUGGCAUCUGGGUCUUCAAUGGAGGUCAGUUCAAGACGGGUUUGUUUGGAACAAGCUCAAACUUCAUCUUCUUCAACGGCAAACACAAGGGCAGAGGGAAUGGUGGUAAUUGACAUUCCCAACAUGCCCUCUACAUCUACAUCCACCGCUGAUGCCGGUGCCGGUGCCGGUACCGGUACCUGUUUCGCCGAUGAAGAGAUGAAAUCAGUUGUUACUAACAAAUUGAGAACAUUGAGGAGGCUUUUGAGCAGAGAGAGAAGAAUUGGCAACAAUCCCACUUCCUCAGAUCUUGAACAAGAAGGGAUGGGGCAGAGUUAAGAAACAGAACAAAAAAUCAGAGCCUACUACUAAAAAAACAGAGUUAGACGAAUCAAAUAGCAUUCUUUCUGAAAAUUGCAGAGUUUCAAGCCACUAACCAGAGCCUGUGACCUCCACAUGGUCUGGCUGUUGCCAUUGAAAAACCUGUGCAGUUCUUUCUGAAAUUCAAAUGGCUUGUAAUCGGAAAAAAGAAAGGGUGGGUUAAUUCUUCUUUGAUGUGUAAAAUGUCAUGGAAUCAAUCAAAAUAUGAACAGAAAACUUGAUUUCUCCCUCUUUUGUGGAUUGAUGUUGGUUUAUUGUGGAAAUAGUCUAAAAAUCAAAACAAUGAUAUGAUGCAUAAGGAAUAUGAACAUAACCCAUAAGAACUGACUCAUCAGCCAAACCGAGCAUAGACCAUUACCAUUUCAAAGAUCGAUGAUUGAUUCUCCGCUUAUUGAACUAGACUACAAAGUAAGAAAGAU